AUGAUGGUAGUAUUUGGCUUUUUUCUCACCAUGGUCGUCUUCGUCGUUGGCAAUGCCUUGAACGCUGACGCCAUCAUGUUGAAACAAGCAGCAUCAUCAUUUAUAACCGUCGCAACGGCUGUGAACUUUUUCGUCUACUACACAACCAGUUCUCAGUAUCGCCAAAUAUUCGACGAGCUUCUCGGCAUUGGUCGUCUUAAAGGGAUCGUUUGGUGCUCAGGAAGCGAAGUGGCUUCUAAGAGCGCUACACAACGUGUAAAUGCUCUUCAAAUGAAAACUCUUAAGGAUUCUACAAAUCGGUUUUGA